AUGGACCACGGCGACGUCUCCCUCGCCGAGUUGGUGUCUCAGCUGCCGAAGGAGUUGCAGCAGCUGGCCCUCAACCUGACGCCAGAGGACACCGAGUUCUUCAAAACCCUGUUCGAGAACCGCUCCCGCCCGGUCUACGUGAACACCAGCACGCACGCGCAGUACAACCAGUCCAAGGCCUACCAGUAUUGCCACUUCGACUUCGUGGACUGGUACAGCGGCUGGCACUCGAGACUGGCCCUGUGCAUCGCUCUCUUCGGCGCCGUGGCCAACAUCCUCACCAUGACGACCCUCACCCGCAAGAACAUGGCCACGCCCACCAACCUCAUCCUCGUAGGCCUAGCUGUAGCGGACUUGAUGGUCGUCCUCGAGUACGUUCCUUACGCCGCCUCCAAGCUCCUCGGCGGGCAGCAACUGAAGGAAUCUUGGGAGCACGCGCUCUACGUCCUCGUUCAUGCGCAUCUGUCGCAGGUGUGCCAUACGAUCUCCAUUUGGCUCACCGUCUCCCUAGCUGUGUGGCGAUGGAUAGCAGUCAGCCGCCCUCACUCCGCCCCUACUUUCUGCACUCUGGUCAACGCCCGUCGACUCCUCGCGGGCGUGUACGUCGCCUGCCCUCUCCUGGCUACGCCCACGUUCCUCAUCUAUACCGUGGAGGAGACAGAAGACGUUUCGGGAGACAGCACUCGGACGGUUUACAAAGUCGAUUUCUCUCCCCUCGCCAAGGCGCAUGAUAAUUUGCUCAAGAACAUCUGCCUCCUCGUGUUCAGCGUGUUGGUGAAGCUCGUGCCCUGCCUGCUCUUGGCCCAGAUCAUGCCGGCGAUUAUCAGGGCCAUGUGGCUGGCCAAGGAACGCCGGCAGAAGCUGACGAACCGCAAACAUCAGCCCGCGAGUGUCAGUGCUGCCAGUACCCCCAGCGUGUUCGCCAGGGUCAGCCGUAGAGUGAAGGGGGCAUCGGGAGACGAGGUCGGGGGAGGUCAGGGCAAGCAGGCGCCGAAGAAGAAGGAGGGUUCAACUGAACGUACCACUUCGAUGCUGUUGGUGGUCAUGUUCCUCUUCCUCCUGACUGAGAUGCCACAGGGCCUCCUUACGGGCCUCUCGCUCAUCUAUGGCCCGGAUUUCUUCACCGACUGUUACAUGCAGCUGGCGGAUCCGAUGGACCUCCUCGCUCUCAUAAACUCCACCAUCAACUUCGUCCUGUACUGCGCCAUGAGUGUACAGUUCAGGUACACUUUCGCUGGCAUGUACUGCGGGUGUUGUUCGCGCCGCAAGGAAGCUGCGCCGCCGCCUCCUCUCUCCUCCAGACAGAACUGCGCGUCCAGUUUCAAUAUUUAACUAUUGUUUAAGGUCUUCUUGGGGUGUGGGUUACGUGUAUUUUUGUUUUUGUAAAUGUGUAGGUAUAUGGAUGGGUAUACAGGCGCAAGUACAUUCAUUCACACGGUAAGACACACAUUGAAAUAUAUAA